AAGUUCCGGAGAACCGCAGCACGCAGAAGCGACGCUUAGGCUAGCGCCAGCGCGCCGUAAAUGCGCAGGCGCGCCAGCCGUUUUCCUUUCUGCUCUUCCUUCUCCUGGUCUCCAGACGUCAGCGGCCGUUGGGUCCUAUGUCGCGCCGGGCCCUCCGGAGGCUGAGGGGGGAACAGCGCGGCCAGGAGCCCCUCGGGCCCGGUGCCCUGCAGUUUGCCCUCCAUGAUGACGAUGAUGCGGAAGAAGAAGGCCCAAAGCGGGAUACAGGCGGCCGGCGCCCCAGGGGCGCAGGGAAGGAAGGCGUCUGCAUCAACAAUCGGUUCGAGCUGAUAAACAUUGAGGACCUUGAGGAGGGACCAGUCGUGAAUGGGGAGAGAGCCGACCGUCUGCUUACAGACACUGUGGUGUCAGGGGACAGGAGGCGGUCCCAGAGCGGAGGCGCAGACACCAAGAAAGCUGGAGACGUGGCUGACGCGGCAGCGCCCCCAGAGCAGUCAACUAUAAGUGGGAAACUCCGAAAGAAGAAAAAGAAACAGAAGAAUAAGAAAAACACUACAGGAGAAAUUUUGGAAAACGGGCUGGAAGACAUCGACCGCAUCUUGGAGAGGAUUGAGGACGGCAGCGGCUCAAGCCGCCCCGGCCCGCCCCCCCUGAGCGCCAAGAGGCACGUCCUGUAUGUGGAGCACAGACACUUGAAUCCAGACACAGAACUGAAAAGGUAUUUUGGUGCUCGAGCCGUGCUGGGGGAACAGAGGCCGAGGCAGCGGCAGCGUGUGUACCCCAAGUGUACGUGGUUGACGACCCCCAAGAGCAGCUGGCCGCGGUACACCAAACCAGGCCUGUCGAUGCGGCUGCUGGAGUCCAGGAAUGGCCUCUCCUUCUUUGCGUUUGAACACAGUGAGGAGUACCAGCAGACGCAGCACAAGUUCCUGGCCGCCGUGGAGUCCAUGGAGCCCAACAACAUCGUGGUUCUGCUCCAGACCAGCCCGUACCACGUUGACUCGCUCCUGCAGCUCAGCGACGCCUGCCGCUUUCAGGAGGACCAGGAGAUGGCCCGGGACCUCGUAGAGAGAGCGCUGUACAGCAUGGAGUGUGCCUUCCACCCCCUGUUCAGUCUCACCAGUGGGACCUGCCGGCUGGAUUACCGCAGACCUGAGAACAGGAGCUUCUACCUGGCCCUCUACAAGCAGAUGAGCUUCCUGGAGAAGCGUGGCUGCCCCCGCACGGCGCUGGAGUUCUGCAAGCUCAUCCUGAGCCUGGAGCCGGACGAGGACCCUCUGUGCAUGCUGCUGCUCAUUGACCACCUGGCCUUGCGUGCGCGCAACCACGACUACCUGAUCCGCCUCUUCCAGGAGUGGGAGGCUCAUCGAAAUCUGUCUCAGCUCCCAAACUUUGCCUUCUCUGUGCCAUUGGCCUAUUUUCUGCUGAGUCAGCAAGCAGACCUCCCCGAGCAGGAGCUCAGCUCUGCGAGGGAGCAGGCCUCUCUCCUGAUCCGACAGGCACUGAUCAUGUUCCCUGGAGCCCUCCUGCCUCUGCUGGAGUACUGCAGCGUGCGGCCAGACGCCACUGUCGCCACUCACAGCUUUUUUGGCCCAGACGCGGAGAUAAGCCAGCCCCCCGCCCUGAGCCAGCUGGUGAGCCUGUACCUCGGGAGAUCGCACUUCCUCUGGAAGGAGCCGGCCACCAUGAGCUGGCUGGAGGAGAACGUCCACGAGGUUCUGCAGGUGGUGGAGUCCGGGGACCCUGCGGUGGGCGCCUGUGAGAGCAGGCGGAAGGUCCUCUACCAGCGUGCGCCCAGAAAUAUCCACCGCCACGUAGUCCUGUCUGAGGUGAAGGAAGCCGUUGCCGCCCUCCCCCCGGACGUGACCACGCAGUCUGUGAUGGGCUUUGACCCCCUACCUCCUUUGGACACCAUCUACUCCUACGUCAGACCAGAGAGGCUGAGUCCUGUCAGCCACGGAAACACAAUUGCCCUCUUCUUCCGGUCCUUGCUGCCCAAUUACAGCAUGGAGGGGGAGAGGCUGGACGAUGGAGGGGCUGGGGGUCUGAACCACAACCAAGGCUUGAAUAGGCUGAUGCUGGCUGUGCGAGACAUGAUGGCCAACUUCCACGUCCACGACGCAGAGGUGGCCCGUGAGGACAGCCCUGAGGGGGACGGGGAGUGGGACUGAGCCCGCGUAGAUGCCGCGCCCAGCGCUGUACAAGUAUGUUCCUGAUUGCUGUUCUGGUCGGAGUAGGCCAGGUCCUUGGAGUAGAAAUGCUGAUGUGCUCUCCGCCUGCCUCCUCUGUGUCUCCUAUAAAUGUGAAUGGGUUACGCUGUG